AUGGCUCCCAGGAUAGGUCCCAAGGCUUCUCUAGAAGCAAGGCUUUGUUGGGGGACUGAAUGUCAUGUAGACCACAUGACACUAGUGUUGAUGCUGUUUGCCUCUAUGCUGGUGACUUGCCUUGAAGCAGCUAAACUUACUGUGGGCUUCCAUGCCCCCUGGAACAUCUCCUACCCAUUCAGUGUGCAGAAACUCGGGGCAGGCCUCCAGAUUGCCAUGGACAAGGUCAACGCAAAGCCAAUGGGGCUUGGAAACUUCAGCUGGGAGUUCACUUCUACCAACUCAUCCUGCAGCGCCAAGGAGUCUCUUGCUGUUUUCAUCAACCAGGUGCAGAAAGAACAGAUUUCUGCCCUGUUUGGACCAGCGUGCCCAGAAGCAGCCAAGGUUAUUGGCUUGUUGGCCUCUGAGUGGAACAUCCCCAUGUUUGACUUUGUUGGACAAAUGGCGAUACUGGAAAACCAUUACUUGUACGACACCUGUGUGACACUUGUGCCACCCAAGCAGGAAAUUGGUGAUGUGCUCCAGAAAAGUCUCCAAUACCUGGGCUGGAGACACAUUGGCAUGUUUGGAAGCUACUCUGGGGCUUCAUCUUGGGAUGAAUUGGAUGAGCUGUGGAGGGUUGUAGAGGAAGAACUUCAGUCGCAUUUCAUCAUCACUGCCAGCAUGAGAUACACCAGCCAUGACCCAGCCCUCCUCCAGGAGGGCCUCAGAAACAUGUCAUCACUGGCCAGGGUUAUCAUCUUAAUCUGCAGCUCAGAGGAUGCAAAGAUUAUUCUGCUGGCUGCAGAGAACCUGGGACUCAACACUGGAGAAUUUGUCUUCAUCAUUUUGCAGCAGCUGGAGGACAGAUUUUGGAAGGAACUGUUGACAAAUCAGAAGGUGACACACUUGCCGAUUGUCUAUGAGUCGGUGUUUCUCAUCGCCCUCAGCUCCUAUGCGCAAGGCUCCGAAGAGGACGACUUCUUCAGACAAGUGUACCAAAGGCUGAGGGCGCCCCCCUUCUGCAGCGCCAUAGCCUCGGAGGAGCAGGUGAGCCCCUACUCUGCCUACCUGCACGAUGCCCUUCUGCUCUACGCUUGGAUGGUGGAAGAGAUGAUAAGGGCUGGGAGAGACUUUCGAGAUGGGCGGCAGCUGCUCAGCACCCUGAAAGCCAAUCAGAUCCCCCUGCAGGGAAUAACUGGCCCUGUGCUUGUGGACUCUCAGGGAGAAAGGCACAUGGAUUACUUUGUCUAUGCCCUACAGAAAGCUGGAAAUGGAUCGCUUUUUCUUCCUUUUCUUCAUUACGACAGCUAUGAGAAAGUGAUCAGGCCCUUGAGGAAUUUCUCCAAUAUUACUUGGCCCCAUGGCUUCCUUCUUGAAAAUGGACUCAGACCUGGCUGUGGAUUUUACAAUGAGCUCUGCAAAGCAGAGGCUACUUUCACGGGUCUGAAUAACAACUGUCUCUCCCGUCCAGGUGUGGCUGUUGUGCUUCUCACCCUGGUGCUUCUGGUUACUGUCUUGGGAGCUGCCAUUGCAGGUCUGGCUCUACGGAUUCAGCGGGGAAGGCUGCAGAGCCGAAAUAAAGACCCCUGGUGGCAAAUCAACUAUGAGAACAUCACUAUUCUGCCCCAGAACAAGCCAUCAGAGAGAGGCACAGUUGUGUCCAGAGGUGACCACAGCAAUGUGUCCAGUGGGAUGAGUUCGGUGGACCUCUGCUACUUUGUCAAGAGCCAGCAGGGGGAAGAGCUCUUUUCUGCCCCAGUAGGGCUUUACCAGGGAAACCAUGUAGCCAUCCACUAUGCUGGCGACCAAGCGGAUGCCUGGAUUAGGAAGCCGACUGUGCUGCAGGAAGUCCGUCUGAUGUGUGAAUUAAGACAUGAAAACAUUGUGUCCUUCUUUGGUGUUUGCACAGAACCACCUAACAUCUGUCUUGUCACCCAGUAUUGCAGAAAAGGAAGCCUUAAGGAUGUUCUGAGAAACUCAGAUCGUGAAAUGGAUUGGAUAUUCAAAAUGUCAUUUGCAUAUGACAUAGUCAAUGGCAUGCUGUUCCUCCACAGGAGCCCACUGGGGUCCCACGGCAACCUGAAACCUUCCAACUGCCUGGUGGACGGUUGCAUGCAGGUGAAGCUGUCCGGAUUUGGGCUGUGGGAGUUCAAGUAUGGCCAUACACACAGACCACACAACAAGAAAAUCAUUGCCCACACAGAGCUCUACUGGACGGCACCGGAGCUCCUGCGGCUUCCCGAGGCGCCCUGGCAGGGCACUCAGAAGGGAGACGUCUAUAGCUUCGGCGUUCUCCUGAGGGACCUGAUCCACCACCAGCACCGCGGGCCCUUUGAGGACCUUGACGAGGCGCCGGACGAAAUCAUCAAGCAGAUCAGAGAGCCCACAGCAGCCGGGCCGCUGCGACCUUCCCUGUGCGAGGAGAAGGGCGAUGACAAGAUCAUGGUCGUGGUGAGGGCCUGCUGGGAGGAAUCCCCGGAUGAAAGGCCCACGUUCGCUUCCAUCAAGAAAGCUUUACGAGAAGCCAGUCCCAACGGCCAGGUGAACAUCCUAGACAGUCUGAUGGGCAAGCUGGAAGUGUACGCCAGUCACCUGGAGGAAGUGGUGGAAGAGAGGACCAGCCAGCUGAUGGCAGAGAAGAGGAAGGUGGAGAAGCUGCUGUCCACCAUGUUGCCCAGCUUCAUUGGAGAACAACUCAUCGCUGGAAAGUCUGUGGAACCGGAAUUGUUUGAGUCUGUGACAAUCUUUUUCUCCGACAUCGUUGGGUUCACAAAGCUGUGUUCCUUCAGCUCCCCCUUGCAAGUGGUGAAACUCCUCAAUGACCUGUACAGUUUAUUUGAUCGCAUCAUUGAAACCUACGAUGUGUACAAGGUGGAAACCAUUGGAGAUGCUUACAUGGUGGCUAGCGGACUUCCCAUCCGCAAUGGGACCCAACACGUUGACCAGAUUGCCACCAUGGCCCUGCACUUCCUCAGUGCCACCCUCCACUUCCAGAUUGGGCACAUGCCUGAGGAGAAGCUCAAGAUCCGGAUUGGCCUCCAUACAGGUCCUGUGGUGGCUGGCGUGGUGGGAAUCACCAUGCCCAGAUACUGUCUAUUUGGUGACACCGUGAACAUGGCAUCCAGAAUGGAAAGCAGCAGUUUGCCUCUCCGGAUCCAUGUCUCUCAAAGCACUGCGGGCGCCCUGCUGGCCAUGGGAGGGUACCAUCUGCAAAGGAGAGGCACCAUUCUGGUCAAGGGCAAAGGAGAACAAAUAACUUUCUGGCUGAAAGGCAAAGAAGGCUUCAUGAUUCCGCUCCCUGAGUUUACUGAGGAAGAAGCUAAAGUCCCGGAGAUCUUGUGAGCUCCUCGCAUCCAGAUAGCUUCCACGCGGUUGCUCCUGAAUACGGCAAGGCAAUCGGAAUGAGAUCUUUUGGGGCUGAACCUCCCAUGACUGAAGAAGUGAGAACCAAUGAGACCAGUUAGGUCAGGUCUGCUUUCUUUCUGGCCCUCAGGUCUGCCUUUGUGGAGAUGUUUCUGAGUCCUGCAUUAGGAAAUGAACUACCUUCUGAUCUAUUGGAGGACUUUGAUACCAGAUUUUAACAAAAAGCAUGGUGGAUUCUUGCUUUUUCUUCAGGAAAUGGGCUGGGAGAAGCACUUUCCCAAAUCAUCCCAUCUUUACUGAGCGCCCAGCACCCCCAUUUGCAGUAUUUUGUUCCCCUGCAUCUCAAGAGUGAAUUCCACAGCUCUCACAGACUUGUUUCUUGAAUACAGUUCUGUUUUAAUUGUGACAGGUUCUGCUCCUCCCCACAGGCCCUCAGCACCCAGGACUGACAGCUUGAGGCUUAUUUAGAAGGAGGGAUGGAAGAAAGCAUUUACAUGAGGGGUGCCCAGGCACUUUUCCCUUCUGCUUCAGCAUGGAGACAACAGGCCGGAGUUUAUCUCUUCAUUUUCUGUACCUUCUUCCUUUGUGUAGGAUCCUGGCUUCUGGAUCCCACAUACUUUGGUCAACUGUGAAAGAACAUGUCUACCUCUGCUAUGAGGACUCUUAAAGAGAUAGGCCAUCCACAUCCAUCCAUCCAUCCAUCCAUCUGAACAUUUCAUUAAUUCAAGAGGCAUUUAAUAAGGAUUUAUUCCACGCUGGGGGGAGGCACAAGAGAAUAUGCAACAUUUCUUGAUCUUUAUCUCACAAUUUAGAUGGGAGAGGAUGCAGCAGGAAUGCAGGACUAGAGACUAACAGAUCUGUGAACAUAAGUAAAGUAAUCAAGCAAUCCAGUAGUGUUACAUGAAAUGCAUAUUUGAAAAUAAUAUUCAGAUACAGAGAUGGACUUGGGUGAGUUAAUUGUCUAUCAUUAUCUCAUCUCUGUAUUCGUAUUAAAGGUGUGUGUGUGUUUCUUUCCAGCCCUAGUCCACAUGCUUGCAGAAGUUGUCUUCAUAUAAUACAGAUUUUAAUUCUGCCUUCUUCGUUGAACAUUUUAGCACAAAUGCACACAUGAAACUUACACACAUAUGUAUAUACAGACACUCAUGCAUACACACAUACACACACACACACACACACACAUAUACAUAACAGUGGCACACAUGGGGUGGGGUGUAGUGCCAGAGUGACAGAGUAUUAGGGAUAGACACCAGGAAUUUUGGUAAGCUUAGUUUCCUAAACUCUACAUCCAGUGUUUUUUCUUUGUAAACCAAGGAUACCUAAGGGAGACUGUAUGUAUGUAUUCUCCUCUUAUUAAUGUCUGUUUUAUUUUUAGCACUAAGAAGAUUUUACAAGAGAUUAUUUUGAGGAUGCUUUAUCUUAAUCCCUCAAUAAAAAUGUUAUAAGACAGGAA